UUUCAGAUUUUUAUUUUUGAACAUAAAAUGGCUCACACUUUUGCGUGCCCACGUGGAGAUUGUGGACUUUUUUCGCUUUCCAAACUGGACGAUCAUCUCACUGCGGAUCAUCAUCUGGAACACAUGUGUUCAGAGUGCGAAGAGAGCUUUGGCUCUGCAGAAGAGGCCAAAGAGCAUACUCUUUUAGCUCACGAAAAUGCUCAAACAUUCGAUGAUCCAAAAAUUAGAAAUACUAGAAUUGUAGAUUCCAUAAUUGCAGCAGUGAGAGUAUCCGGUGAUGUGAUUGAAGAAUUCAAUUCAGUGAUCAUGCGAGCGGUUAUUCGUCAUUGGGGAAACACGAGCACGGAAAAGCUGAUUGCUGUCGUUGAUUCUCCAAUGAUUACUCGUGACUUCUAUAUCGACUGUUUUGAAGCUUUAAAGAUGAGAUACGAUUCUGGAGAGAAGUCCAUCGAUCUUCUCUGUCGUUUGGCAAAAUUGUGUACAAAAAUUGGAAAUUUUGUUGAGAAGGAAAAGAGAAAGGACAUCAUAAUCAAAGGAAAGAUGUACGCUACCGAAGCCUGGAACACCGAUUCGUACAACAUCUUGGCUGCUCAUUGGGCCGCUGUGAUGUCAGGAAAGGCAAUCGAAUAUCUUGAAGGCGAUGAAAAGAAUCUGGAGAUGAGACACUGCAGACAAUAUCUCGAUCGUGCCAUCUCUAUCCAGGCAGGAAAAAAUGCAAUGUACAAUAAUAUUCUUGGCCGUUGGGCUCUUUCAGCACUGGAGAUUUGGGAGUCUGACCGACAACAGUUAAUUCAUCAUUAUGCCACCCCAUAUGACGCUAUCGACGAUGCCAUUUAUCAGUUCAGAUCCGCUUUCGAUCUCAUACCGUAUUGGAUCGAUAAUAUUGUACACCUGGGCAAAGCGCUUCUUUACAAUGAAAACAAAGAAGCCGCCAUUGGAAUGUUUCAGCUCGCACUCAAAAUGGACCCGUCGAACGAUAUCGAGAAAGAGUUGCUCGCCGACGCCCUUGACUUGUGCUCAAUUUGAUCCUUCUUUUAUUUCCAUUUUAUUUUCUGUGUCUCAUUUUUCCGUUUGCACUUUCCUCCGUUUUUUUAUUGUAAAAAUUCCGUAAAAAUCGGCCCAAAAUUCCCAUUUUCAGGGGAUUCUUGGAGCCCAACUUCUUUUUUUAAAAAUUUGGAUUUUUAAAUUUUUCCCCGAUUUUCUAUAGGAAAUUCCAAAACAUUUACUGAAAAAUAGAAAAAAAAAUGGCCAGAUUUCUCGAAAAAAUUAAAAUUUUUGGAAUUUUUCUGAUUUUUAGCUAAUUUUUUGAAAAAACUGGCUCAAAAAUUUUUUUUUGGUAUUUUUUAAAGAAUUUUUAUUUUUAGAAAAUCCGUGAAAAUUGAGGGAAAUUGAGCCAGAAAUUUGGUAUUUUGGAGCCCAAAAUCUGUUAAUUUUUAUUUUUAAAUUUCCACGAAUUUUAAGCUAAUUUUCUGAAGAAGUUGGCUCAAAAUUUCGGUUUUUUGGAAUUUAUUUUUUUCCUGAAUUCCUAGAAUUUAUAGUGUAGUUGAUCCGGAAAUUCUAUUUUUCUCAAAUAAUUGAAAAUUUUUACUUUCAGAAAAUCCCUGAAAAUUGAGUGAAAUUGAGCUCAAAAUUCAUAUUCUUCUCAAAAAAUUGAUUUUUCUGUUGAAACUUCCUUGAGAAAAUUUCUAGAAGAAGCUGGCUCAAAAUUUCGAAUUUUUGGAAAGUUUUUGGAAUUUUCAUAAUCAAGUUUUUUUCGAAAAAAUUGAAAUUCCGCCGAGUUUAAGCUAAUUUUUAGAAUUUUUCUCAGUUAACGGUUCUUUUCUAGUGAAAAAUUCCAAAAUUUAGAAAUUUAAAAAUCCCUUUUCCCCUUAUAAAUUGCCCCAAACAUUUCCGCUUCAACCAAUUUUUCAACAUUUUUAUUCUAUAUUUAACGGCUAUACAAAAAAAUCGAUAAUUUCUCAGGUUUUCACCUCUAUUUCCUAUCUUGUUCACACGCCUCGGUCCCAAAAUUUAAUAGAUUUUCAGGCCAAAAAAACCAAUGGGGUUUUUACAAAUUCUUCAAGAAUGUCGAGCCGAAGGACUAUGGCCAAUUGGGCCAUCUUGUAAUAAGGUGCUGUGAAAAAUUUGGAAAAAAAUUAUUAUACAUUCGUCGAAAAAUUUCAUCUCAGUUUAAAGGCGCACACAUUUUUUGUACUUUGGGUCUCACCACGAUUUCGACUUUUUGAAGCUUAAAAUCACUAAAAAUUACGUGGAUCGUGGCAGGACAAAAAAGUGUUAUUAUACAUUCGCCAAAAAAUGCCAGCUGAUGAAAGGUGCAUGUUUUUUGCAAAAAUUGCAAAAAAUUACCAAUCGAAAAAAAAAACUCAUAUUUUUCCGAUGGGUCUCGCCACGAUCUGCGUCUUUUGGAUCCUAAAAGAACCCAAAAUUAUGUGAAUCGUGGCGGGACCCAGAAGUGUAUGCGCCUUUAAAAUAGGAGAGUAUAUUUUUGAGAAUGUGUAAUAAUUUAU